AUGUCCGGGAAAAGAAGUAGUCAGAACUCCUGCAGGCUUGGGAAGCAGACACUCUCCUCUUCCACAAAAACCAAGUUGAAAUUCUCUGUGAGCCAUGAAGACCAUCUCCUGCAGGAAAACCACCCUGCCCAGCACCUACGCUUCUCCAGCCAGGUUUGCCUCUCCGCCAUUCUGAAAUACGUGGCCACCAACAUUCUGGAGCUGGUGGGCAAUGAGGCCCACAAUGACUGCAGGGUUCAAAGGGCAGUGAAUAACAACAUGCAGAGCAGCCACCUCUUUGGGGAUGACACCACUUCUCAGGUCUCUGAAAUGUUCUGA